AUGAGUGUUCAGGAGAAAGAAUACAAUGAGUGGAUUCCACUGCAUACUUGUGUGCACAAAAGGGACAUUCAUAUGGCUAUGAAAGUCAUUGCUCAUGGAUGUAACAUUAAUGCAACAGACAAUGAUGGUAGUUGCCCUCUACAUAUCUGUGCUAGCUGUGGUCACACUGAAAUGGCCAAACUCCUGGUGGAGAAUGGGGCUUUUUUGGAGCUCAGGGAUGGAUUUCAAAUGACUCCACUUCUGCUAGCAACCCGCAAGGGUCAUAUUGAUGUUGUAGACUUUCUUCUUGAGGCUGGAGCUUCUGUAAAUGUCAGUGACUGCACUGGAAAAACUCUGCUACACAUGAACGUUAGCUCUGGUAAUGUAGAUAUCGUACAGCGGUUAAUUGCCAGAGGUGCUAAGGUCAACGUUUCGGAUAUGCAUGGUCGCACACCGUUGAUUCAGGCCAGUGUUAUGGGUCAUACCACACUUGUAGAAAUGCUGCUUAACACACAGGCCUGCAUUAAUGCUGCAGAUGAUACAGGAAUGACAUCGCUGCAUGCAGCUGCAGGCAAAGGUUAUGUCCCAGUUGUUGAAAUACUUUUAAACAGAGGGGCUUCACUUGAAAGCAGAGACAUAACUGGGCAGUGUCCAUUACAUGCAGCAGCAGAAAAUGGUAACUUAAAUGUUGUUAAAAAAUUUGCAGCAGAGAUGGCAUUUCUAGAUUUACCUGAUGGUGAAAAUCGCACCCCGCUUCACUUGGGCUCUGCACAUGGACAUCUGCAAGUUGUAACUUUUCUUCUGAAGAGUGGAGCAUCCGUAAAUGUAAAAGAUCGCUACGGCAGCACUCCACUGCAUCUUAGUGCAUUAAAUGGCCAUGAUAAAAUUGUAACAGUGUUGCUAGACAACGAGGCUGCUGUCAAUGCACGGAACUUGGAGGGAAGCACUCCUCUGCACGAAAGCACACGAGAAGGGCAUCAUGUGUGCUGUACAGUUUUAGCCCUUCACGGUGCAUCUCUUGAUGUGCAGGACAAAAAGAGCAUGACCCCACUUAUGAUUGCUACACAGCUCAAUCAUAGAAACUGCCAGAUGUCACUAGAAAGAUGCAGUGACAAAUAUCAGGACACACUGUCUCAUUUAGGUAGCUAUUUGUGUUUGGUGUAUUAA